UCAGCGAAGACCACAUUCUGCUCAUGCGCAGCAGUGUUCAACUGGAGGGAAAUUCCAAAAAUACGCACAGUCGCUGACGGCCCAUCAAUUUUUCUAUUCCUAUGGCUGUAAAGGUGCUAUGGAGACAGUAACCCUGCCAGUGUUAGGAGUACAAUAAAAGGAGGAAAUGCAGCCAGGGCCACAAACCAACCACCAGAGGCAACCAUUGUUGAAAAAUUAAGGAACUACAGCAGAAAAAUAUGCAGUGUGAUCUUGAUAUGGAUCUGCUUUGCUGGGGUAGUGGGAAGCUUGGCCAGAGUGGGCAUGGCAGGCUGAAGGAUGUUCACCCUGUGGAGGCCCAUAUGAAAGAGUUCACUGCAGUUGGGCUGGGAAGGGUGAAGUUGAUGGCAUGUGGAUCCAGUCACUGCAUUGUGAUUACAGAGGCAAACAAUAUCUUUGCAUGGGGAAAUGGCACCAGUGGACAACUGGGUGAUGGAGAGAAGUCAAUAAAAGACCAUCCAGUCGAGGUCAGGCUGCCACAGGACCUGAACACUACAGGAAGUGGCUCAGAUAUGGAUGCCGCCAAUGUUGUUGGUGUUGCUUGUGGCAGCAGACACUCCUUCAUAUGGAGUGAAAGAGGGCAGGCCUACAGUUUUGGAAACAACUUUUAUGCCCAGCUUGGCUAUGACUUCCAGAGGGCUGACUUCAAGGAGCACCAGCUGGCACCACGCUUGUUCCAAAAUCUUCCAUCAUCUUUGAAAAUUUCUCAAGUGGCCUGCGGAGAGCGACACACUCUGUUUGUGCUGGAAGACGGCAGCGUGGCGGCAUGUGGGCAGAAUGAUUAUGGACAAAUUGGAAGUGGCUCUAAUGAAAAUGCGGUCGUCCCUCACUUUGUGGAGCCUGUGGCCUAUGUGUCGAAGGUCACCUGUGGGGCAAACCACAAUCUUGCUCUGACAGAUGAUGGCAGGUUGUUUCAGUGGGGCUGUGGACGGGCAUGUGGAGACUUAAAGAGGAACAUCCUGUUUCCAGAGGAAGUGACACUACCAAUCUCGCCAGUGAGGGGCAUUGCAGCAGGAUGCUGGCACAGCCUGUUUCUAACAGAUGGUGGGAAUGUCUUCUCCUGGGGGAUGGGGCAAGAGGGACAGCUUGGACUUGGAGAGGACAGGAUUCAUAGCUCCAUUCCUUAUCUCCUCAGCUAUUCUCAGCUCGCUGAGGUGACACAGAUACAAGCCGGGGACAGCUACAGUGCAGCUGUCACAGCAGGCGGAGAGCUGCUUCUCUGGGGGCAGAUCCCCUGCAUGUCCUGGGUCAGUGAUCAUACAGGCCUCAAAAGGAUCUGGACCCCCCAGCCAGUUCCACUGGCAGGCAGAAAGGUGCAUAAUGUGGCGUGUGGUACCUGGCACAUGAUGGCCCUCACAACAUGCAGCCUUGAGAAGAAUGGAGAAUAUCCUCACCCAGAAACUAAAGCUGACUUCAGAGACCUUGUCAGCAAUCCAGUACCUAUGGAGCAUACAGAGAAAGAAAACACAGAGCAUGACUCCAGGCAGGCUCAACACAAGCCGCUCCAGGGUCUGAAGAGACCAGACAGCUUUGAGAAGCAGGAGAAACACGGAGAAAGUGAAAGUCCAGUGGAGGGAGAGAGAUAUGAAGACAGACCAAACACAGAUGAGAGGAUUGGAGCAUUGCAUGAAUCAGAAUUUAGCAUACCCAGGUCUUCACUGGGGAUAGACAGGAGAGGAAAUAGCCGCUCAUCAAUCAAAUCUGACCAGAGGGCUGAGAGGAAGAAUUGCAGGUCAGCAGGACCGUGGGAGCAGAGGAAAGAACCAUGUAGAAGCAGUCGAAGCAGGGACAUAGUCUUUACCACUUUACAUCUUUUACCCAAGUGGGAGGGAGAGCAAAGCAGGCCAACUACUGGCAUUUUGCCCCGACUACAGCCAGGUCAAAAAGGUCAUGGCACAAUUUCAUCAGUGGCUCGAAAGGGGAGAUCUGCACCUCUAACUGAACCAGUCGAAAAGUCUGGAAGUGACAGCAGCAACGUUUUGAACACUCCAAGGCUCAGACCUAAACCCAGACCUCCUGGAAGAUGUCCAGAUCAUGCAGAUCAGAGGGAAGUUUUAUGUCGCCGUUCAAGAUUUGAAGUUCACACUGACAUCAACUCUCCAGUUUAUAAUUCUUCUCCCUGCCCGAGCCCUGGACAACACAUUCAGAUGUCUCCCCUCUUUGACCGAGGACUACAAGUGAAAACUUCUCUUUCUCCGACUCCCCCCUCCUCUGAGCCUCUGAGGUACUGUCCUACACACAGAAGAGCAAUGUAUUCUUCUGGCACUUCUUGGAAGAAUCUCUAGGAAUAAUUUUGACUCGAUGGACCAAGGAACUCCAUCUGAUGGUUUUAUUUUGAAUUUUUUUGUUCUCUCUAAUAUCAGAUUACCUAUGAUACUUAAAAUCAAGUUAUUUUCACUUUAAAGAAACUAGAUGAGCACAUCCAUUUAAUUAUCAGCUUCAAAGCCACUCUUAUAUAACCUGACAUGCCAGAUUGUUUUCUUAUAUCCAUUGCAUGCAUAUGUUUUAAAUUCAUAUGGAAAACCUCCCAUACAAAGCGUCUGGGUUGGGCAGUACUUACUAAUAAAAUCUUGGAAGGUGGUUGGACAAACAUUCUGUCACAUUUAUGAUUGGCUAAUCAGAGCGAUAAGACAAAAUCAGCUUCAUCAUAAAAAGCUUUCAGUUCUGUUCUAAUGAAGCUGCUGCUAUACUAUAGCUACAUCCAAGCUAAUAGCUACACUGGUGGCAGUCAUUACUAUUGGCUUCCAGUACAACUUAACCCCUCCCGUAUCUACAACUUUACUCUCCUUAAAUGACAGUGAUUGGUCUCAACACUUUUUUUGGAUCUGGCACAAACACUGUAGAUUGGAGUUUUGCAAGAUGGCUUUAUCUUAUUACAGACAUGGAGUCUAGCAAAUCUAUCUGCUUUGCAAAGUUAACUAUUAUACAGAGGUCCACAACACUGAGAAAGAAUGUGCACCCAUUUCAAUUAUCCAUACCAAACUGAGCAGAAAAAAAGAAAGGAAAUUUGUGUUUGGUAGAUUAUUUUGUUGGCUUCUUGGCCAUACAUCUUAUACUUUUGGAAAGUCUGUUUAUUUUAAAUGGUGCCACAUUUUA